AUGAUUGUACAUAGCAAACUAGCUCAGCUUGAUUACAAAGCUCAACUGAGCCAGCAAGAUAAGAAAGAGUAAGCUGUACAACUGUGUAGCAAUCAUUCUAUUCCAGAGUCCAGGCAUGCACCGGGCUGUAAGGUGCAGAAAGCGAAACGGUAGAGCAGAAGAAAACAAACCUGAUUUUUUAAAGAACGACAACGGUGUGGCUAAGUUUUCAAAGUUAACACUCAUUUAGGACAGAAGUCGCUCUGUCAGAAAGGAGAAGGGUUUGGGUCAAGGGUUGAUAGCUAUCCAUUGCUAGUUGGUGAGGGAUCAAACGUGGUGUUAUGUUUUUGCAGUUAUCUCAUUGGUGAAAUGGCAGCCGCCACAGACCCCAGUAAGGCGCUUGAUUCAACUCCUGAGAAAACGAAUUUCCAACGUGCAGCACGACUGCUGAUCUGCGGAGGAACGAUGAUAUUACGAGAAAUUUUCGACAAGAUACAUCCACCAAAAGAUCUCCCCAUAAUAUUAAAUGAUCCGGCUAUAAAAAGCCAGCUCGCAGCAGCAAGGAUCACCAAACCACAGUGGGAUUGUCUUUACCCCUCCCCAGGGACGUAUGGCAAAUCAGAAGAUUUCGAUGUGACUCUGCUCUUUAAGUUGCUACGGACAAUAUGCAACCUCCAUCCUCCAGCCUCAGGAUGGGACGAUCUACCGGCAAGUGCAGACCACAGUUUAACUGCGGAUUUAGCAAGAAUCAAAUAUUAUCGAAACACCGUGUACGGUCAUGUGAAUCAACGCAUGGAGAUCAGAAAUGAAGAGUUUCAAUUACUCUGGCAAGAAAUCAGAGAGGCUCUAUUGAGAAUUGCUAGAUCAAUUAGCUCAACAAAGGGAACUGAGUGGGAGGAUGCCAUUGAUAAACUUUUGAAUGAUCCUCUCACUGCGGAGGAUGACAGAAAUGUAAAGGAAUUACUACACUGGUAUAGAAACGAUAUAGAAAUAAAGGAAUUAGUGGUAAAACUCAACUCUUCUAUCCAAGACGUCCAAAGUACAAUAGAGGAGAAAGGAAAAACUUUGGAGACUACUUUUCAAGAGGAAGCCCAAGGCAUUAAAAAUCAGCUUGUAGAGGAACUAAAAACUACAAGAAAAGAUGUUCAAUGUAUAAGCCAAGAAGCCCAGAACAUCAAAGAUCAGCUUGGAGAUGAAGUAAAAACGACAACUGAAGAAGUACAGUUCUUGAGACGAGAACUUCGAGAGGAAGCUAAAGGUAUUAAAGAUCAGCUGGGGGGUGAAGUAAAAGCUGCUACUAAAGAAGCCGUAACAUCUCUACGACAAGAAGUCCGAGAGGAAGCUCAAAACAUAAAGAAUCAGCUAGGAGAGGAAGCUCAAAACAUAAAAGAUCAGCUUGACAAACUCAAAGUCUCAUCUGAGGUCCAUCAAGCUUCUGGAGGUCAGCUAUUAAACAUAAUCAUAAUUUACUAAGGGCCUGUUUACAUGGAGGUGGGGGACCCCAGGUAGGUGAGGUAACCCGCCUAGGUGGGGUAACUUGCCUGCCCAUAUAAUUUCUCAUUUUAUUUUGAUUACGUUUACAUGAUAGUUGGGGUGACCCGCCUAGGCGGGUUGCCCGGUCUGCCAGGUAGGGUAACCCUCUCAGCCGGGGUGACAAUUUGCCAUGUAAACGUGUCAAGGUGGGGUAACCCGCCUAGCCGGGGUCGUGUUCAUGGCAAAAAGCUCAAAAGUGAAACAUGUAUGUUUUAAAACUUUGUGCAUUCCCUAGCCGUCUCAUGGCAGAAAUCACCAGAAACCGCAAUGGACACACAAGGAGUGUAAAAUGUUCACACUUCGAAAUGUUUAGCGAUGUGAAUCGACCAUAUUUGGUUUCCCAACUAUUCCGUAUAACGUAUUAAGUCAACGGUUCCUCGCGAAACCAAACACCGCGUAAUACAACGCGUGACGCUUUCAUGAAUAAAUACAUAUGUGUCCGGGAAUUCAUCUUUCGUCUUUUUCGAGAUGUGAGCUUGGGACGCCCCUGCUCAAACUCUUUGGUUGCAAGCGCAACAACAACCUUAAGAAACCUCACCCUAGCACCCCGGGGUUAUAAGAUUGCACGUAAACGCGUUUUCUUUUUGGACCACGGCUAGGCGGGUUACCUCACCUAUCUGGGGUCCCCCACCUCCAUGUAAAGAGGCCCUGAGUCCUGUAACAUCAAAAGAUAUAUUACACCCAUUUUGAAAUCAUUGGUGAUCCUUGCAAUCUGACUAGCUCUCAUCGGUGUGAUUUGUUCACAAGACAACUCUUGCAACAUUUUACAGACCAGCUCGGUACUGGAUCGAUAAAUUAUUUGUCAGUAAAGGGCUAUUCUGUUUAUAUGAUAAAAAAAUAAUACAUGGUUGCUUGUAGAUAUGAAAUUUAUCUUCUCCUAACAACCUCAAAUUAGCUUCUUUGACCAUUUAAUCCACACAUUUUCUGAAAGGGCCCGAACGUUGCCAACUAACGACUCGACAAUAUCGUUUUGCGGGUUUAAAUACUAAUGAAGUGGUACAAAAUUUCCUGUUCCCGGUCCGAAAAAGUUGAACCGGCGGCAAAAAUCUAUGUGCAAUUACCCACCAAUUGUUCGUGUACGAUGUCAGUGUGAAAACUGUGAUAAAACGUUUCGGUACAAUUCCAUGUCGCACAGGAAUCAUUUGGUCCCAAGUCUCCUCUAUUCAACCAAACCUGACUUGAAGCUUAUUUAAAUUUAGAAACUAAAAUGUGUAAGAGCGCAGAUUCAUAUUUCAGUCACUGUCAGUUCACAUGUUCCAACUCGCAGGCACGAACUUUACGCAUUGCGUGAUCAGAGUUUGGAAAUCACUGAUUGAAAUUAUCAGCUCUUAACGCGUGGUAAAGUUUAAGUAUCGGAAAACACGUCUGAGAUCAACGGUACCAUUUAAAAGUAAGAGGGCAGAGGCUUGAGUUGCCACAUCCCUAUCGUGGUACCUGAAGUAACAUUGGUUGAUGAAACUUUUUAUCCAAAUAGUUCAGCUUCAAAUGCGGAUUGACUGUAAGACCAUCAAAGAAUCUCCAGUACCUGGAGCCUCAGGUUUGAUGGUGCUAACAUCGGAGGGUUCUGAUAUCGAGAGGAAAACAGUUUUAGGAGUUAAGCAUAAUGAAAUGGCUCCUACUGCAUCAUCGCUUCAACAAGAAAAUGGAAGUACAAGAGGCUCUGAGGCAAUGAGGAUUGGAAGUGACUGUUUACCUAGUUCUGAGGAGGUUCUGAAUUUCAUCGCACUCAAGUAUUUCAAGGAAGUUGAUGCAUCCAGCCCGCAUGAGCGAAAUGAGUUUCUGCAAUAUCUCAAGGACGUGCGCAAAUUGCUGCUUGUUGACACUCAAAUAGGAAGCAUUAUUAUAACAGUGGAAUGUAGCUCUCUGCAGGUAUUAGACGAACUGUGGGAUGACCAUUCCACGGGCCAUCUCAAUGAGAUGGCACAAAAGCAUCUUGUCACAGAGGAAAUUCUAAACAAGUUUGGUCUCAUUGAGGUGCAGUUAUCGACAACGAUUCGAGAAGAGGAAUAUAGAGCCGCUCAAGAGUAUUUCAUGAAAUGCUCAGGUUAGUGUAGAAAGCUGUUUCAAGUCGAUUUCCAGAAGAAGCAUUCGACAAAAUUUAUAUACAUUUGUCUCGCGCGUAGCAUAAAACGUCAGCUUAUUCCACAAACAUAACUAGCAUGAGCACGCUUACUCUCCCAUGAUCGAAUAUUGCGUUUCUGGCUAUUUUUUGGUACAAAUCGAGUUAUUAGUAUAUGAUGAAAAACGCAUUUCAAACGCAAAGAUGCCCUAAUAUCGAGACAACCGGACAAGCUUAUAACAUUUAAAAUAAGAUACAAUAGUGCGCUGUUCAAAAAGAAACAGUGUGAGAGAUUGUAAUGUUCUUUCUACAGUUUAGCUUUCAACUCUAGGUGAAUUCCAUAGUGAAUUAUGCCGAUACUUCAUUUUAAACCCAGCUGGAUUGAAACUUCAUCCUUCCCACCAGAUUUCAAAAGAAGUUCUAGUGACUCCACCAAAAUAAAGUUAAAUUUAAGUUAAUAUUGGCUUGAAUCAUUUAUAAAUAGUCAAUGAUGCAAAACCGAGAGGGACGACCCUGCCAUACGGCAAAGAGCACGUUGAUGUCGCGGAUGCUCAGAGUAGCUUGAGUCCCACAAAGCCAAAGUUCUUGGGGGAUUUUCAACAGGUUCAGGAGCCUUAUGAACGUCCUUUAGACAGUCAGUUGAAAAUACUAGGACCCGGAUAUGUAGAUGUCGCCAUCGCUCACCAUAGCUUGGGUAAUGUACACAUCGACUUGCGUGAUCUGCAACAAGCCAAAGACCAUUACGAACGUGCUCUAGACAUUCAAUUAAAAAAGCUUGGACCCACGCAUGUUGAUGUCGCGCGUACUUACCAUAGCCUGGGUUAUGUAAACCUUAACUUGGGUAACCUGCAACAGGCCAUAACAGAUUAUGCACGUGCUCUAGACAUUCGGCAGAGAAUGUUUGGAAUCGAGGAUAUCCAUGUCGCGCUUUCCAUAACAUACCUUAGGUGUUGCAACAGGCCAUCAGAUUCGAUUGAAAAAGCUUGGACCCAACCACAGCGAUGUCGCUCUUUCAUACCAUACCUUAGGUGUUGCACACCAUCAGCUGGGUGACUUGAGAAAGGCCAAGGAGUAUUUCAAACGAGCUCUAAGCAUUGCGUCUAUGCACGAGAACCAAGGUAAUGCAUACCUUAACGUUGGUGACCUACAGUUCGCCAAGGAACAUUACGAACGUUCUCUAGCUAUUAGGCUCAGAACGCUUCGACUACCGAGAAAGCAUGCAUUUCUGCAGGUCGCUGUCGCGCGUACUUACCAUAGCCUGGGUAAUGUAAACCUUAGCUUGGGUAACCUGCAACAGGUCAUAACAGAUUAUGCACGUGCUCUAAACAUUCGGAAGAGAAUGUUUGGAAUCGAGGAUAUCCAUGUCGCGCUCAGCUGCCAUAACAUGGGUGUAGUAUAUCAGCAGUUAGGUGAUCUGCAACAGGCCCAAGAAUGCUUUGAAAUUGCCCUGCAGAUUCGAUUGAAAAAGCUUGAACCAAACCACGAUGAUGUCACACGUUCAUACCAUACCUUAAGUGUAUUACAUCAUCAGCUGGGUGACUUGAGAAAGGCCACGGAGUAUCAGAAACGAGCUGUUCACAUUGAGUUGAAAAAGCUUUGA